GUUUUGGAUACGUUAACCAUUCAAGCAUACAGUAAGGUAUGCUCAAGAUGGAUACAACUAUUCUGGUUAUUUUGGUGCUGGUCUUUCAACUGGCCUCUGGUUCACCUUCAACUGAAGAUGAGAUCAACUUGCUUAAAUGGCACAACAACUUCAGACAAUCUCUGAGCGACUGCAAAAUACGUGGACAACCAGCUAGUGUAACUCCACUCCCUAAAUUGAAAUGGAACGAUGAAAUCGCAGGUUAUGCCAAAAAUCUAGUCGAUCGAUGCGUAUACGAACAUGAUUAUAAAACUCUUCCAAAGCACACCUUUCAUUACAUUGGACAAAACAUUGCGGGAUCCUGGUCAACAGCAUCAGCUAUGAAGGCGUGGACAGAUGAAUACAAGGAUUACAAUUAUUGGAAACUAAGUUGCACACCAGGGAAAGCUUGUGGACAUUAUACUCAGAUUGUAUGGAACCAAACCACAUAUGUAGGAUGUGCAGUUAACGACUGCCACGGGAAGAAGGAAUUUCCAUAUCGAUUGUAUGUUGUGUGCAAUUACGCUAUAGGUGGAAACUAUGUAGGUCAGAAGCCAUAUGAAGCUAAGCGUGUUAUUUGCCAAGGAGAUGGUAAGGAUCCUAGUGGUAUUACCCCUGAUGAAUUAAAACCCAAACCACUAAGUAUCAAACAGCGACCUUCAAAAACACUCAAAAAACCCAAAACCAAUGGUAAAAGACCUAGUGUUAAUAACAGACCACCAAGCGACACCAGGAUGCCAACAAGUACAAACAAAAGACCUACCAAUGUAGUUAGCAGACCUGAUGAUGGUAGAAAGCAAACAAAUUACAACAGUGGGUCAAUAAAUUAUAACUCUCAACCAGGUGGUAUUGACUGGAAUGAAUUUUUAUCUAAAAUGAACAUCGAUAGUACCGAACUGAGAAACAACGACUACAAACCAAUAUAUUAUAAAACUGGACCAAUUGAUGCUAAGUGGGAGCAGCUUUUACGUAAACAACAAGGUGGAAACGGCAAAAAGAAACAAACUAGAUAUAUUACUAAUCCUGAUGGUUCAACUAGCAGAUUACAUACCUGGGAAUACACCUAUCAACUUCCGCCGACAUACAGACGUACGAGCAGAUUUUUCAAUGGAAAAUGAAGAUGAAAACGCCUUGACGACUAUUAAUAUACCAGAUUGAAUAAACUUCUUUAAACAGUAAAUCCUUUUUUUCUGUCCAGUUUGAUUCAAGAAUCAAUUUUAAUACGAAAG